UGCAACAAUUUUUUUUUCUUAAACAGUUCAAGACGAUGACACGAGGAUUGAUGAUUGUAGUUGAAGGAUGUGACCGUUCAGGCAAAUCAACACAAUGUGAGCUACUUGUUCACAACUUGAAAUCUCGUAAUAUAGAUUCUGAACUUGUCAAAUUUCCAGAUAGAACAACUCAGACUGGAAAAAUGAUUGACAGUUAUCUGAGACAGAAAAGCGACCUUGAUGACCACGCUAUCCAUUUAUUAUUUUCUGCAAACCGUUGGGAAGCCAUGAAAUCUAUUUCAGAGAAACUCUUAGCUGGCAAAACCCUCGUGAUUGAUCGAUAUGCUUAUUCAGGUGUUGCCUUCUCAGUUGCAAAAGGAUUGGACUUUGAUUGGUGUAAGCAUCCUGACGUUGGUCUUCUUUCACCAGAUCUCGUCUUAUUUCUGGACUUGUCGAUCAAUGAGGCAGAGAAGAGAGGAGGAUUUGGAGAAGAGCGAUAUGAGAAGAGAGACUUGCAGAUUAAAGUCCGAACCGAGUUCAGAAAGCUAAAAGAUGAUAGUUGGAAGUUUAUUGAUGCAAGUUCAAGUAUGGAAAAAGUAGAACAAGACGUCAUGAAGAUCGUCUUGGAUGAGAUAUCAAAACCUCGAAAAGAGCUUCAAUACAAUUUAUGGAAACAUUAACAAAUCAUACUUUACACAUAAAAUCACGGUUUAUUUAUCAAGUAUAUUGUCUCAUUCGAUCCAACUCUUUAUGUACAUCUUUCCUACUGAUCGUAGGUCGUCUAUGAGGUU